UCUCUCUCUCUCUCCCUCUCUCUGUCUGUGUAAGUAAAGGGAGUGGGUAUAGUCUGUCCUUAUUCUGGAAUCUGGGUUCCUUGUUUAGUUUAGAGGAUUGCCAAAACUCACCGAUUCUUGGAGGUUCAGUUUAGGGGUUUAUGAUUCUGUUUGUGAGAGUCUCUUCCUGCUCGAGUUUGGUUAAUCUUGAUGUGACCACCCAUAUUUAUAAAUUGGAAGUUAUCAUUUCUUAGAAUUGGAGCGUUUGGGGGUCUGAAUAGAGUGUAUCUCUGCGAUGAUUUUCAUUUUGGUACCUUGUAUAUUGGAUUGAAUGAUGAGGAAAUUGGGGGGGGGGGGGGGGGGGGUUUGGAAAUGACGUUUAAAAUGUUCUUCUUUAAGCUAAUCCUUUGACCUUUGUGAAAUCAACUUAUUUGCAGAAAAGUAAGUGAUUGCGUACAAAAGUGACUCUCUUCCACCUUUUUAUGCCCAAAUUCUCCUGUAUUAGACUCCCUUUGGUAUAUGUCUGUCUAUUAUCAAACAACAACAGCAAACAUAUCAAGUAAUCUUAGCCAUUAUUUUAUUUAUCACUUUACCGUUUGUAAAAGGCCCUUAUAACCGUAUAUAUAAGCAAACAAGAGAAAGAAACUGUUUUCUUCCCUUGUCUGAUAAAACAAGAUGAAUGACACAUGAACUUCAAAUUCCUUAAAUUUCCUUCACUUUAUAAUUAUGUAUUUUUCUGUUCACUUUCCCUUGUGUAAAUGGUAUGAUAAUUGGUGGGUGUGGGGUGGUUGUUUUGACAUAAUUCUUACAUGUAACAAGUGGGUUUUCUGGUGUUUAGGGGGACUAUAAGGAAAUGGGUUUAGCAUUUCAACUUUCCUGGUUCUUCUGCUCAUUUCUUAUCCCUAAAACUGCUUUGACAUAAUUCUUAUACAUUUUCUUGUUCUUGGCAUGUCUGACUUCUGGUUUUGCUAGUAUCCUCGGUCAUGACUUUACUGUAACCCUUAAUCAGUUUUGAUCUUAACCAUAUUCAAGGAAAUGUAUAUUUGAUCUCAUUUAAAGAGCAAUUGACUCAGUGGAACAUUGAGUCAUCCAUGUCUCAUUUAUCUCAGGCGGUAAAUGCAUUGUCUGUGUUAUGAUUUUUUCGUUUUUCCUUUCCUUCUAAAUUCCAUGUUACAAGUUUGUAUGACUGAUUUUUGGGGAUGGCAUCUUCUCUAGAGAACAUGGGUAAUUUACUCUGUUGUGUACAAGUUGAUCAAUCCACAGUUGCCAUUGAGGAGAAGUUUGGUAGGUUUGAGGGUAUACUCAAGCCGGGAUGUCACUGCGUACCUUGGUUCCUUGGCAGUCAGCUAGCUGGUCGCCUCUCUCUCCGGCUGCAGCAGUUGGAUGUUAAUUGUGAGACCAAGACAAAGGACAAUGUAUUUGUGAACGUUGUUGCAUCCGUGCAAUACUAUGCUCUGGCAGAUAAGGCAUGUGACGCUUUCUACAAGCUCACCAACACAAGGACCCAGAUCCAGGCCUAUGUUUAUGACGUAAUCAGAGCAACAGUUCCAAAGCUCAGUCUGGAUGAUGUAUUUGAGCAAAAGAAUGGCAUUGCCAGAGCAGUUGAAGAUGAACUCGAAAAGGCAAUGUCAGCUUAUGGGUACGAGAUUGUGCAGACACUGAUUGUAGAUAUAGAACCCAAUGAGAAUGUAAAGCGGGCAAUGAAUGAAAUCAAUGCUGCGGCAAGGCUGAGGCUGGCUGCUACUGAUAAGGCAGAGGCUGAGAAAAUUCUACAGAUUAAGCGGGCUGAAGGUGAGGCCGAAUCAAAGUACUUGUCGGGAUUGGGCAUCGCUCGCCAACGACAAGCAAUUGUCGAUGGGUUGAGAGAGAGCGUUGUGGGCUUCUCCAUCAAUGUGCCAGGAACUAGUGCAAAGGAUGUUAUGGAUAUGAUCCUUGUCACCCAGUACUUUGACACCAUGAAAGAAAUCGGUGCUUCCUCCAAAUCGUCUGCUGUAUUCGUACCCCAUGCGCCUGGUGCUGUGCACGACGUGGCUGCUCAGAUCCACGAUGGGCUUGUUCAAGCUUCAGAGCAUUGAUCUUCCAGUUUGAUCUCAAGCUAGAUUGAACUCAACAGCCAACUUACAGGAGCACUGACAUUUGAACUGAAGGCCUACAGAAACUAGAGAUUUGGUACCAUGUUUGGCCUUUAGCUGCUAGAUCAAAGGGGAUCCAUGAAUUUCUUCAACUUUCAAAUGGCAUCAGUUAGAUUGGAUCCUGACCAUGUAAGGUCGUAAAUGAGAUGAGUCGUUCGCGAACGACUUGGUGUUCGGGCUAGACAAAAGGGUGUUUGAGUUUGUUCGUUAAGAUAAAUGAACUGAACAUGAGCUUAGUUUUGAAGUUCGAUUUGUAAACGAGUCGAUCUUAAGCUCAGUAAAAUUU